AUGAAUUAUCUGAAAUCGCUCUUCGAGCAUCAUAAAGCUCUGGAUGAAAAAGUGCGUGAAAGGUUACGGGUGGCUCUUGAAAGGGUGACUACAUUAGAAGGACAGCUGGUAGCCGCCACUCAGGAGGUGGUCAUGUUGAGACAGAGAAAGGAUGGACAGGCGGAUGGGGAUGCUGUGGACAGGAUGGACAGCUCUAAACCUACAUGGAAGAGGCUUCCCAAUGGCUCCAUCGAUGCCCAUGACGACACCAGCAGGUCUCUGGAGCUGCAGGAACUCCUGGAUAAGGCCAAUAAGGAGCUGGGCCAAAACAGAGAGCGGAUCAGCAGCCUGACCAAUCACAUGUCUGAGCUUGAGAUGGAACUGGCUACCGCCCGCAAAGACCUACUGAAGAGCGAGGAGAUGAGUGCCAAGCACCAGAGGGACAUACGCGAGGCGAUGGCACAGAAGGAGGACAUGGAGGAGCGAAUCACAACAUUAGAAAAGCGUUACCUGGCCGCCCAGAGAGAAACCACCUCAAUCCAUGACCUGAACGACAAGCUAGAGAACGAGCUGGCCACCAAGGACUCACUUUACCGACAGAGCGAGGAGAAGGUGCGGCACCUCCAAGAAUUGCUGGAGUUGGCGGAACAACGGCUACAGCAAACUAUGAGGAAGGCGGAGACUCUGCCCGAGGUGGAGGCUGAACUGGCCCAGAGAGUGGCCGCCCUCACCAAGGCGGAGGAGAGACAUGGCAACAUCGAGGAGCGUUUGCGCCAACUGGAGGCCCAGCUGGAAGAGAAGAACCAAGAGCUGGGCAGGGCUCGGCAGAGGGAGAAAAUGAACGAGGAGCAUAACAAGCGUCUGUCUGACACUGUGGACCGUCUUCUCACAGAGUCCAAUGAACGGCUUCAGCUGCACCUGAAGGAGCGCAUGGCUGCGCUGGAGGACAAGAAUGCACUCAUCCAUGACCUGGAGAAUUCCCAAAAACAACUGGAAGAGUUCCAUCACAACAAGGAGAGGCUUAUUGGGGAGAUUGAGAAGUUACGGGCUGAACUCGAUCAUCUGAAGCGCAGGACCGGUGCGUUUGGAGACGGAACACAUCCUAGGUCUCAUCUUGGCAGUGCCACAGACCUGCGCUUCUCAGUGGUGGAAGGUCAGGGAGAUCACUACUCCUCCACAGGGGUCAUACGUCGGGCUCAGAAAGGUCGACUGGUGGCACUCAGGGAUGAACCCACCAAGAUCCUGCCGAUGGUGGAGCAGGAUUGGGAUCGCUCUCAGUCCUCCAGCUUGCGAGCCAGCCGUACUCACCUGAUGGGAAGCGACACUGAGCUGUCUGACCUGGACGAUGAAGACCGUGAGACCAUAUUCAGCUCAGCCGAUAUGCUGUCUCCCAGUGGGCACUCAGAUGCCCAGACGCUUGCCCUCAUGCUGCAAGAACAGCUGGAUGCCAUCAAUGAGGAGAUCAGGUUGGGAAUGAUCCAGGUAGAGAGGGAAUCAGCAGAGCUCCGGGCGGAUGAGAUCGAGAGUCGAGUAAACAGCGGCAGCAUGGAUGGCCUGAAUGUGACACUGCGGCCACGCUCCUCCAUCCCCACCUCCGUCACUGCCCUCUCUCUGGCCAGUUCAUCACCCCCCGUUAGCGGCAGAUCCACACCUAAACUGACGUCCGGUUCAGCAGCCCACGAGUUGGGCAUCAUGACCCUGCCUAGUGAUUUAAGGAAACAUCGCAGACGAGUGGCUUCUCCUGUGGAGGCCCGAGAAGACAAGGCCACCAUCAAGUGUGAGACGUCGCCCCCUUCCUCCCCCCACAGUCUCAGACUAGACCAAAUGAACUUCGCUCAGCUAACAGGAAGCCUUGAGGAUGGCCGAGGGGGCAACAAAAAGAAGGGCAUAAAGUCGUCUAUCGGCCGUCUCUUUGGCAAGAAGGAGAAAUCACGUUUAGAUCAGCCUUUGAGCAAGGAUGGCCAGAUGACACCACCUGCCAUUCCAGAUUUCGAGAUGGGCAUUGGAGAUACCAUGACCUUGAGCAAACUGGGCACACAGGCAGAGCGAGACCGCAGGAUGAAGAAAAAACAUGAACUGCUGGAGGAUGCUAGGAGGAAAGGGCUUCCUUUUGCUCAGUGGGACGGCCCAACUGUGGUCUCCUGGCUCGAGCUGUGGGUGGGCAUGCCAGCUUGGUACGUGGCAGCGUGUCGUGCCAACGUGAAGAGCGGCGCCAUCAUGUCGGCACUGUCAGACACAGAGAUUCAGCGAGAGAUCGGCAUCAGUAACCCGCUGCAUCGGUUGAAGCUGAGGCUGGCCAUUCAAGAAAUGGUGUCACUGACGAGUCCGUCAGCUCCUCUCACCUCACGCACAUCUUCCGGAAAUGUGUGGGUGACUCAUGAGGAGAUGGAAAACAUGGCAUCCUCGACCAAAAUGGAGAAUGAGGAAGGAAGCUGGGCUCAGACGCUAGCAUAUGGUGACAUGAACCAUGAGUGGAUUGGGAACGAGUGGCUGCCCAGUCUCGGCCUGCCUCAGUACCGCAGCUACUUCAUGGAGUGCUUGGUGGACGCUCGUAUGCUGGACCACCUUACUAAGAAAGACCUGCGGACACAUCUCAAGAUGGUGGACAGCUUCCACCGGGCUAGUUUGCACUAUGGUAUCAUGUGCUUAAAAAGGCUGAACUAUGACAGGAAGGAGCUGGAGCGAAGAAGAGAGGAUUUUCAGCAUGACAUCAAAGAUACCCUGGUGUGGACCAAUGAUCAUGUGAUGCAGUGGAUUCAGAACAUCGGUCUGAAAGAGUACGGUAAUAACCUGCUGGAAAGCAGUGUGCAUGGAGCUCUCAUUGCCCUAGAUGAGACGUUUGACUUCAGCAGCUUGGCCCUCAUUCUACAGAUCCCCAUGCAGAACACUCAGGCCAGGCAGAUUCUGGAGAGGGAAUUUAACAACCUCUUAGCAUUGGGAACAGAUCGACGCCAGGAAGAGAGUGAUGACAAGUCUUUCCGAAGGUCUCCAUCGUGGCGUAAGCGCUUCAGGCCGAGGGACGGCCAGGGCCUGGGUAUGAUGCCGGGGUCCAUAGAGACUCUUCCCGUUGGCUUCCGCCUCAACACCAUGUCCAUUCCCCCCUCUAUGGCUGCUGUGCCCAAGAAACAGCUGCAACCAGAAGCAGCCGGUCCCCCGGCCCCGCAGAGACUAGACCCCUCAGCUGUCAGGACUUACUCCUGCUAACUUGCUUUUACUAAUCACUGCACUCACACUAACAGGUAAGCUGGUCACUGCAACCUCUCUGCUAAGAUAGAGAUGUUUAAUGAUGCUCAGAUUCAUUUCUUGGUUACUUUUCGUUUAGUACAUGAAUGGUCCGUUUUCUUUUGUGUAAAACUUAAGUAGAAUUGAAUGAAAGUUCAUAUAAUCCACUAGGAACCAGCUAGUAACCAAUCAGAACAUGCAGCAACUGUAUAGUAACUGAUUGCAUUAUUGCACUCCAUUA